AGGAGGGAGUUUCUCGCUGGACUGAGGGCUGGACGGACGCUGUAGGCGACCAGGAGCACACCGCUUUCGGAGUGCGGUCAGAUUCGUUUUGGAGAGAGAAGAAGAAUCGCAACCGGAGAAAAGAUGGCGACGGUUAAAAUGCGCUCUACACGGCGGCUGCGCUCAUGGCUGGUCGAGCAGGUGAGCAGUGGAAAAUAUAACGGCCUCAUGUGGGAUAAUCCUGAAAAGACCAUGUUCCGUAUCCCAUGGAAACAUGCUGGGAAGCAAGAUUUCCGCACUGAUGAGGAUGCCGCUAUCUUUAAGGCAUGGGCUGAGUUUAAAGGGAAGCUUUCGAAGCCUGGUCAUGCCGACCCCGCCUCCUGGAAGACACGCCUGCGCUGCGCUUUAAACAAAAGCCCAGAGUUCAGAGAGGUCACAGAAAGGUCACAGCUGGACAUCUCCGAACCCUAUAAAGUUUAUGAGCUCGUUCCGCUGUCAGAGCAAGGAGGGGCUGAGCUGAAGAAAGAAAGUGGAGAGAAAGCUGUGAGGAGAAGCAAAAGGAGACAAAGGACUGAAACAGAGAGCAGUGAAGAAAGUCUGCCAAAAAUCAUCAAGGAGGAGGAGACUGCUGCACAGCAAAUUACCUUGGAAAUGAAUGGCAGCAUAGGAAACGAGAUCACUCUUCAUUUAGAGGAGUUGACAGAACCCAUGAUCAUCCCAAAGAGUGACAACAUGCUUAAUGAGAUCCAAUUAAACGUAACGAUUGAAACAGCCCCUCUCCCUGGAGAUAAAGUUUCUCCCUCCUUUUCGGUCAGUGUGUAUUAUCUUGGUGAGGAGGUGUUGCGGCGGGACGUUGUGAGUGAGGAUGUCAGGAUUGCCUUUGUUCCCCCCUCCCCUUCGCCUCCUACUCUGAAUGGCUGCAGUUUCCCCCGGAUACCACUGCCCCCGCCCCCCAUAAGCUGUGACUCCGCCCAAAGCUUGGCAAUCUCCGCACUGUUGCCCUACUUGGAAAAGGGGGUGGUUCUUACCUGCAGUGGGCGGGGUAUUUACGCCAAACGUUUCUGCCUGGGACGAGUGUUCUGGUUGGGGCCACAGAGGGUGGGGCCGAACAAAUUGGAGAGAAGCCAAGAGCCCACUAUGAUCUUCAGCAAAGAACACUUCAAACAGGAGUUGGAUAAUUUCCGAGCUGGGGGGAAUCUGCCUCAGAGUGAAAUUACGUUGUGUUUCGGAGAGGAACUUUCUGAAGGAGAUGACCUAGCUGAGAAACACAUCAUCAUUAAGAUUUCUUUUCCAUGGGCUGAUAAAAUGAUCCAGGAAGCCGAGUCCUUCCGAAAUUCUCUGAGCAUCCUCCAGAGCUUGGCUCAGCAGAGCCCAUCCGGAGAGGUCACACUCAACCUUGUGUCAUUACCAGAGCAACCUGUGAAUUCGUAAUAGCUUUAAUGUUAGUCUUUUUUAACCGUCGGGUCAAGGUCUAUUCAUAUGUAAGCAACAAUCUCCUGAACAUGCACUACAGUAGCAGUUCAGUUUCCUUUAUGGUUCAGUCACACCCAGUAUUACAUUUAGAUUAGACACUUUAUUUGUACAUCUGCUGUCAUGUAUUGUGAUUAUGGUUUUAAAACACUAAUAAAAAUAAAUAAAUGACACCAACUGAG